AUGAAAGCUAUUUUAUUUGUUAUGAUUUUUGCUGUAUGUUUUGCUGCUGUUAAAACACCUACAACAACUCCAGUUGUUCAAUCAAAGAAAACACAAACACCAUUAAAAGAAGUAAAACCAUUGAAUGGAACAAAACCAUUGAAUACAACACAGCCAUUGACUAUUAAAAAACCAAUGAAUGAAACAAAACCAGCAAAUAUUACAACUCCAGUUCUUAACAAUGAAAAGAAAGAAUUAAACGUUACUAAACCAGAAAAGAAGAAACAAAAUAAAAAGGAAGUUAAAACAAAUAAAAAACAAAACAAGAAAGUACCAACCAAUAAACAUAAAAAACUUGUUAAAAAAUACCAAAAGCAAUUAGCACUUACAUUACAAAAGAUGAGUUUAGAAGAUAAACCAUCUCAUAAUCGUUUAUGGAAAGUAGAAAAGAAAUUUUUUAAACUUCACAAACAAGCACAUAAUGUAAUGGAUAAGUUUGGUGAUCUUAAACAUUCAUAUGAUAUGAUUUAA